AUGGUGGCCUUCAUGGACGACGUUCCUGCCCCUGUCUCGGCCGAACAGGCCUCGAUAACCUCGAAAAAGUCUCGUCGGGUGUUCUCUCUGCUCAUCGACAACUAUGACUCGUAUUCGUACAACAUCAUGCAGAUGCUGGCUCAAGUGAACGGAACUCCGAACAGCGUCACAGUCAUCAAGAACGAUGACUUCGGUAGCCAAUUCAACGUCGCAUGGGACCAUUUUGUUGCCCAAGCGACUGCAAUUGCGUCUCAAGAAGACGUGGAGUUGAAGCUCAACGUGGUCAUUUCUCCUGGCCCGGGUCAUCCGUCAGAACCCAAGGACUUUGGCAUGUGUUCAGACGCCAUUCGACACGCUACGGUGCCAGUGCUGGGUGUGUGUCUAGGACAUCAAGGACUGGCUCAGGUCUAUGGUGGUCAAGUGGUGGAGGCCGAGGAAGUCAUGCACGGACGUACCAGUCGUGUAUUUAUUGAGGGAGAGAGCCCUUUAUUCGCCCACAUUCCGAAUGGGUUUGAUGUGGUACGAUACCAUUCGCUGGUAAUUGACCCCAAGAAAAUUCCAGAAGAGCUUGAAGUGUUUGCCAAGACGCAGGAUGGAGUUAUCAUGGCCGUACGCCAUCGUACCAAGCAGCAGUUUGGCGUACAGUUCCAUCCAGAGGCCGUGUGCAGCGAGUUCGGCUAUCAACUCUUCCAGAAUUUCAAGGAUGUGACGCUGGCGCAUUGUGCUUCGAAAUGUGUGCUGCACCAUAGCAACCACCCUGAACAGACCGCUAAGUUGCAUGAUAAAAGUGUUCAGAAGUCGACGGACGCUCCAGACUAUCGCGUGUUGAUUCAGCGUGUAUCGACGGGCCUCGCAUCGCUCGAGUUUGCGGAAUUCGUGUUUAGUGAGCUGUAUGGGGCCUCGAAGCGAUCAUUCUGGCUGGAUAGUAGCAACCACGACACAGUUGCUGGCACCGAUGCAGCUACUCAGUCGCGGUGUUCGAUGAUGGGCGACGACAGCGGACCUCUGAGCUACUGCGUCGAGUAUGACGUCGCCAAAGUAGAACUUCGCUUACGUCGCCAUGUAAAUGAUACUGAGGAAGUGAAGGUGUAUCCGGGUCAGGAUGUCUUGACUCAUGUACGAGAAGUGAUGCAAGCACACCGAUCCCAUGAAGUGUUUAGCGAUGCCGUUGAGCUUCCAUUUGCCUUCCGUGGUGGUUUUGUGGGCUACUUUGGAUACGAAGUGCUCGGAAGCGAUCAAGAGGGUAAGAAGAUGUUCAACAACAAGAUCGAAGUGCAAGGAGAGCGUGCCCCCGACGCGUCAUUCUUGUUUGCAGACCGCACGUUGGUAUUCGACCACCAGGACGGUGUCAUCUACUCGCUAUCUCUUUCCGAGUGCAAGAUCGAAAGCGAAAGUAUCAGCCAGAUGUGGCACGGGUCAAUCAAGAGCCAACUGAAGGAGCUCUCUGAGGCCUACACCAAGAGGUCUGGAGCGAGUACAUCGCUGUUUUCAAGCGUUUCUGGAAAGGAUGAGGUGAUCUUCCGUCCGUCACGGAGCCGCGCUCAAUAUGUGGCCGACAUCGACGAGAUCCAGCGCCUGAUCCGUGCUGGAGAGACGUAUGAAGUGUGCUUAACCAACCACUUGCGAGCCGAGUACGCUCUACGCGAUCCACUAGCAUUUUACCGUAUGCUACGCUGCCGAAAUCCCGCUCCAUUCGCUGGUUUCUACUUAAGCAACCCAAGGAAUCGCUUCCAGACUCCAGAUGCUAUCAACGACACAGAUACACAUGACACGUACGCGCUUUGUUGCUCGUCACCUGAACGAUUCCUGAGGGUGGGAGCUGAUGGCUGGAUGGAGUCUAAACCCAUUAAGGGGACACGACCUCGAGGCCGCGACUCUAACGAAGACUCCGCUAUUGCCGAGGAACUUGCCAACUGUGAGAAAGACCGAGCCGAGAAUAUGAUGAUCGCUGACCUUGUACGCAACGACUUUGGCGUCGUAGCUCGAGUCGGAUCCGUACAUGUACCGCGUCUUAUGGGCGUGGAGACCUACGCCACUGUACACCAGCUUGUCACUACCGUUCGCGCUCAACGCCGUGAAGACGCCGACGUAGUGGAUGUGUUACGUGCUACAUUCCCCGGUGGUUCUAUGACUGGAGCACCCAAGAAGCGCACUAUGCACAUUAUCCGGGAGCUUGAGCGUGGUCCACGUGGUGUUUAUUCUGGAGGACUGGGCUUCCUAUCGAUCGAUGGUAGCUGCGACUUGAACAUUAUCAUCCGCACAGCUAUCGUGACUCCAAACAGCGUGACUCUCGGUGCUGGUGGGGCCAUCGUGGCACUAUCGGAUAGUGACGACGAAUACGACGAAAUGCUGCUCAAAGCCCGAGCACUUGUUGCUACUAUUGGUGCCUACGCGACGGGAAAAGACAACGGAGGUGGAGCUCGAGUCGUUGUGGACUAA